GAAAAGUGGUGAAGAAAGAAAGAGCAGCAUGAGCAUGAGAGAAUAAAGUUCGAUGCCGAAAAUUUGACAUACAAUCUACAAUCUUUGAUGCUCUACAGUUCGUCAGUUUUUAACAGACGAAAAACCUUCAGUUGCAAAGAUUAAAUGACAUCUGUAUAAGAAAUUUUCACGUGUUGUUUAGUGCUCACAAAGUUGCGACUACGAAUAAUAUGUGAUAAAGAGUUUGUUGUACGGAGAAAAAGUGAACGAUAAAAAAAAACAGAACCGCGAUCCUUCAAGGCUCUUUCUUGGUUAAACACAUUGUUGUUCGCAAUUAGUGCAAUUAGAGUGGAUAAAAAAGUAACGAUGCCAGCCGUAAUUGUGGGUCCUCCGCAACGGAAUGAGCAGAUGUGGCACGCUUUAAAAACACACAUAACCAGAGAACGAGAAAGAAAGAAGCAGGAGCAAGAAGCAGAUGCAGAGGAAGAACGUCAAAGAAAAGAAAGGGAGAGACAACAAAAACAGGAUGUCAUGACUCUUGGAGAAACUCGUGAACAAAUUUCCAAUUUGGAAAACGAACUUUCGCAGCUUAAAGACGAAAAACAUCAGCUUUUUCUUCAACUAAAAAAAGUUCUUAAUGAAGAUGACAAUAGACGGAGGCAAUUGAUCAAAGAAACAAGUGUUUGUUCUGAAGUCUUGACAGCUGUCGGUGGAUAUCCAGGUACAGGAAUGAGCGUUGUUCAUCCUCAGCUGUUUCUGCCAUUACCGACUCGCAGUCCACUUUACAAAGUAGCAGCAGCUACGCCAACACAUACCUUGAUGCCAACCGUUAAUGGUCCUAUGAAAAGGGCUCACACUCCGUCGCCCCCACCAGUGGCUUCGUCCUAUCACGCAAAUUACAGUUACAAACCACCACCUUCGAUACCCACCUACAAUCCACCGCCGCCAAGUGAUUUGAGGGCAGAUGGUUAUGUUUUUCCAGAAUCAGAGGACGCUGCCAGAAGAUCUGGCGAUAAUCGAGCUGUCCUCUGGAACAAAAACAACCAAUAUCCACCAUCGAGUUUUUAUUCGAGCCCAAGCCAAAACGUGUAUAGCUACACAACCCAAAGUUCACAACCAUCGAGAGAACCGGAACCCGGAAAACCAGUUUAUCUGUCGGGCAAUAGAGCCACGAUAUCUGGCCAUCAGGCGGGAACGAUAACUCCGUUCUCAAGAUACGAAAAUAUUCAUACGAUCGAUCACAAAAACGCUUAUCCCGAGGAGAAAUAUUAUUUACGUCCCAGCAGCCACGUGACCGUUCAUGGUGGUGCAAUUCCGAUACAACAACCGCCUCAGGGUGCAAAAACAGGUGGAAUCACGUCAGGAUAUCCGGUGCGAGCACCGCAGCCACCGCCCACAGGACCUCCGUAUCCACCUCCACCACCGGGAACUUACGUAAAUGCUUCACCCGCAAAUGUCCCGGGUGGUAGAUUAUUAUACUCGCAACCCGGUGCCAGAUACUUACAACGUGAAGCAUGAAUUUUACGACGUUGGAAAUAUCCGAGCUCUCUUGAUUGUCACGCAAGCUUCAGUUUGCUUUCUUUUUAAUCUCAUCUUUCAAGCUUCAUAAUUAAACUCGUCAAAUAUGACUUUAUAAUUGACAAAAAUAAGUAAGACACUUUAUUCGCAACUUUUCAUAUUGUACAUAUAUCCAGAGUCAGGGAAAAAUUUUAUGUGACCAGACUUGUACGAAAGUAAUAAAGCGAUUUAUUGAUAACCUAA